UGCAGUUUUUCCGGAUCACUUUUUUCCAGAUUUUAUUUAGUUUUCCCGGUAAAAAAAAACAGACUACAUGUAGUUUCGCUCAGACUAAUUAAUGGAAAAAUUUUGUUGUCGGAACUUCGUUAUGCGAGACAAAUUACUGCUUAUGGUGGCAUCAACAUUUGUGAAGGAGGCUGUUUCAUUUUCAGGUAUGCAUGGUCGGCUGAAGGUGAAAACAGAUGCGCAAAAAGAAGCAGAACGGAAGAAAGAAGAACAUGAAAAGCUCCUGAAAUAUCAAGCAGCGAGAGACUUAGUGUUCAAGCUCAGGCCGACCUUGGACGACCAACUACACAACGUCACAACUCAAUUGCUGAUUUUCAACUGCGAAUGUAAUACGUUUUGGAAUAUACGAAAGGAAUAUGUACUGAAAAAGCUUGAAGAGUAUGAGAUUAAACAGGAAACAAAUAGCAAAUUAGAAUUUAAAAAGGAGAGUGGUAAACAAACAGAAGCAAAAACGGAUGAAAAAAAUGAAGUUGUUGAAACUGACUCGAAACAAGAACUUUCCACGGCCAAAAGUGUAAAACAAGAUGGCGAAAAGGUUGACGAUGAGUCUUCACUUCGCACUUUUUUGGACCAAGAGUUGGUUUUCACUGUGCAGUGUCUGAAAAAGAACCCUAAAGCGUACGCAGUUUGGCUGUACAGGGAGUUUAUUAUGAAUCAUGAUGGGAAGGCAGAUUGGGAGAAUGAGCUGCGUCUGUGUGAUGAGUUCCUGAAGGCGGAUGAGAGGAAUUUUCACUGUUGGGAUUACAGAAGGGUAGUGUUGCCACACAUUACAGGAAGAAGCAAGGAGUUGGAGCUGCAGUUUACCACCUCCAAAAUAGAGGACAACUUCUCCAAUUUCUCAUCUUGGCACUACCGCACAAAGUUGUUGUGUGGAAACGAACGCGUGAUUGACUGUGACGUGUUGGGCGAGGAGCGAGUAAGAGAAGAGGUUGACCUGGUGUACAAUGCAUUGUUCACUGACCCCACCGACCAGAGUGCUUGGUUCUAUUACAAGUGGCUCCAUGGGAACAGGCACUCCGAAACUUUAUCUAUUCUAUCAAUCAUGGUCAUCAGAAGUUUCAGUUCAAUUUCACUUCUAUUUUCAAAGCCAGUCUCUAAAUCGAAAAUCAAACCAACCAAAAUAUUUCUCUGCUCGAGUAUGGUGAGAUAUACAAUCAAAGCUGUGAACUUGUAUACAAGUUUCAACAGUUCAGAGGAGCUGUCAAAUCAUUGGAUAUUGUCUAUCGUUAGCAGUUCGAUACCUCCUUUCGGAAAAAUUGAAGUCGAUUUGCAGCUACCGGAACAACUUGAGAUCAAAAAUUGUCCGAAGCUAGUUUUGGAAGAGAAUGACAAGAUGUUUAGCUUCGUAGAUCCGAAGCCUCUUUUGAGCCAACAUGUCAGUGGAAUGCAAUCGGCCUAUCCAGAUGUCGGCAAGUAUGACACUGAAAUGCUCUUGGAUCUAGCGAAAGAAGAGCCAAUGAAUAAAUACGUAUUGAUUCAAUUGACCGAGCUAUAUCGAGGGCGGUUGCUAAAUAAUGUCGACAAGACUGACGUUGAUGUGAACAAAUCGAAAAGCUUGGAAAGUCUUCAGAAAUUAAUAUCCAUCGAUUCGUUGCGAGCUAGUCAUUAUAAAGAUACUAAUAGUGAUGUUAUUUUAGAAGCUGAAAUAGUUCAACAGAAACUGAUUUUGGAAGGUCAUAAAAAUCAGGAACUUAACGGAUGCUUGGUCAACGGUGAUGCAGACCAGCCGAAAUCAGUUGACGGAGCUUUAAAGUUACCAGGUUUCAAGUUAACUCAAAUUAGAAGAAUUACAUGUCUCUUCAUGCUUUCGGAAAUAGAUUUAUCGGAGAACAAUUUAGAAUCUAUUGAACCGUUAGCAGGUUUUAUGAACGUGAAAAAGCUGACUCUUGAUAACAACAAAAUUAAGGACCUAUCUCCGCUUUAUUUGUGCUACAGUUUAAAAGCACUUUCGGCCAAGAGUAAUUCAAUUAAAUCUUUAGAUGGUUUUGAGAGCUUAGUGGACUGUCAUUUGAUGGGGGUUAUUGACGUGUCUGAUAAUUCAGUGGUCGAUCAAGAGGAUUUCAAAGAAAAACUUGUGCUUUGGUUUCCACGGUUAGAAAUGUUGAAUGGUGAGCCACUAUCACCGGAUUAAAUAAAUCUGAAAGGAAAAGCUGUACAUUUCAUUUGAAUAGAAAUAUUAUGUAUAUUUUUGUCAUUAUUUAUUCAAAUAUAAUUUAUUGAAAUCA